AGGUAGGGAAGGAGGCGAUUUCAGGCAUCUUCUGAGGACUGACGGAGAAAUGGGGUCAAGCCUAGAGGUGGAGGGGCUAGGGGCUACCUCCUAGGGAUUUUCGAGAUCAUAGGACUACCUUUCUUUAGGAGAGCAGUCUUCCUGGUCUUCCUAUGACUCAAUCAGGUCUGUGUCCCCACAAGCCCCCUCUGCCGCAGCCACUGUCUCUUUAAGGGCCUCCCCCCCCAUCCCCCUUUCUCUGCUCCCCCCCAUCUCUGUCGCAGCGGCUGAGGCUCAGAGCUGCAUGGGGAGACGCUGCUGCAGGUCCGGUUUCUUGGUGUCUGGUCGGUGCUGUCGUUUCCCCACCCCUCCCCCGCCCACCCAAGCUGGUGAUUCCCCAUCCUUUUCCCCCCUCCCUGAACCCCACCAAGGGGGCAGGGGGUUGGGUGGCCUGGUCUAUAUAAUGCCAUGUGCCAUCUCCGUGUCUGUCAGAGAGACAGCGAUGACUGUGGCAGUGUGAGGAGGAGGCGGAGGCGGGAGAGCAGCACUGACUGCUGACCCGUUGUCCAUCUGCCCCUCCCCAGCCUCCCCUCCACUCCCCGGCUUUCCCUCCUCCCCCUUAGGGUUGGAACAACAAACCCCCACCCCCUUUCUCAGGCCCUCCCUAUCUCUUUGCGUAACCCUCCCCCCCCCACCUGGCUCUGUCCCUUUCCCAUCUGCGUCCUCACCCUUUCUCUGUCCCCUAUCUCUAUCCCUCUCUCUCUCCUCUCAUAGUAUCCCCUCCCCUCCCCUCUCCAUCUCCAUCUCUUUCCAUCCCUCUAUUUUUCCUUCUCCUCCCUCUCAUUAUCUCUCUUAUUUUCAUCUCAAGUUCCUAUCCAUUUCUCCCUUUUACCCCCACUUCCACUUCAUUCUUUUCACCCUCCUGUCUCUCCCUUUCUAUCUUCUGUCCUCAUUCUAUCCUCUUUGUGACCCUCCUAUCUAUAUUUUCUUUUCUUAUUUAUUCCCUCCCUUCACUUCUACUUCUGUUCCUAACCAAACCCUCUUUCUUUCUUGCUUGCUUUCUUUUUCUUUCUUUCUGUCUCCAUCUCUAACUCCUCACAGGCCUUAUCUUCCCCUGUCCUUAUUACUCUACUCAUUCUUCCCUUGCCCAAAUCCCUAAGCCAUGAUGCUGUCCCCGAUGGUGGCUGGGGGGGUUGUGUUCCCGGGACUCUUCCUCCUUUCCAAGAACACGCUCCAGAGGCUGCCCCAGCUGCGCUGGGAGGAGGCCGACGCGGUCAUUGUCUCAGCCAGGCUAGUAUCCUCAGUCCAAGCUAUCAUGGCCUCCACAGCUGGUUACAUCGUCUCCACUUCCUGCAAACAUAUCAUUGAUGACCAACACUGGUUAUCUUCAGCCUAUACUCAGUUUGCUGUGCCCUACUUCAUCUACGACAUCUAUGCCAUGUUCCUGUGUCACUGGCACAAGCACCAGGUCAAAGGUCAUGGAAGAGAUGAGGGGGGGGCUGGUCCCCCAGGAAACACUUGGGCUGUGGCCCGCGGCUACCUGCAUAAGGAAUUCCUCAUGGUGCUGCACCAUGCAGUCAUGGUGCUGGUCUGCUUUCCACUAUCAGUGGUAUGGCGCCAAGGCAAGGGGGACUUUUUUCUGGGCUGCAUGUUGAUGGCUGAAGUCAGCACACCCUUUGUUUGCCUGGGCAAGAUCCUCAUCCAGUACAAGCAGCAGCACACCUUGCUGCACAAAGUCAAUGGGACCCUGAUGCUGCUGAGCUUCCUGUGCUGUCGAGUGCUGCUCUUCCCCUACCUGUACUGGGCCUACGGGCAGCAUGCAGGCCUGUCCCUGCUCUCAGUGCCCCUCAACAUCCCCAUCCAUGUCAACCUGGGGGCCGCCCUGCUGCUCGCUCCACAGCUCUACUGGUUCUUCCUCAUCUGCCGGGGAGCAUGCCGCCUCUUCAGGCCUCGGGGCCCUGCCCCUCCAGCCCCACGGCAGCCCCCAGGGCUGCAUGAUGGGCCCCGGGACUGAGGGGAUAGGGUGGGUGGGGGCCCCCAUUCCCUCCAGGAAUUGGGCUCUGGGACUGACGGGUAGGGAUGGGGACCAGGGAUCUCUCCAGUGGUCCUAGGCCUGGAGGAUGGGAAUGGAGAAAUUAGGGGACAAACUUCUCCCUGCAAUAUGAUAAAAGGAUGGAACAGGGACCAGGCUUGUAGGGAACAGCUACAUCUCUUGUCCCCAUGGUCCCUGGGGCUGAGAGAAAGUGGUUUUAGAACAGCUAAUGCUCUCCUUUGUGUAGGGACUAGGAAAAUGGAAAUUAGGAGGCACCCUCCUGCUAAUAUAACCCCAGGGAUAUGCUUUUUUCCAACUGUAAUCUGCAGGGGGCCUAGAGAGGGAAAUGAAAGAAGAGGGUACCCUAUCCUACAUCAAUUUAGGGUAAGAUGGAUCAGGGGUGAGACUAACAGCAAUCAUAGAGGAUCAAGGAGUAAAAGUAAGGGAAGACCCUCUCCUUUUUGCCAAGGACAUGCCCAUUUCCCUUCCCCAAACGCUAUAGUGUAGGGGAAGGCGGCUCCUAACCUCAUGCAUCCCUCUGGGUGGGAGAGGUACCCCUUAACCUCUUUAUGACUCACCAGGGGAUUGGUUGGCUACCCCUUAGAGCUAGCUCCUCUCCAACACAGGCAGCCCAGCAUCUUUCCAGACCCUUAGGGAUUUUCUUUAUUUCCCCAGGUUUGUAUUAGUUUCUGAUGGGGUGGCAGACAUUUACAUGCCACACACUAGCGCCUGGCUUAGCCUCUGCAGCACUGAGUGCCCCACUUGGGGGAAGUUGGAGGAGGGGCUCUUGUGCUCAUUCCUUCAGGUUAUUUGAACUUGGCCUUCUUGCCCUCUCCCACCUGUCCCUGGUGCUACAGACCUCUUGAGGCUUCCUCCAGAUCCAGGAGCAGGGGGAACCCUGGGAGGCGCUAUAUAAAGACCGCUAAUAAAGAUGAGAUCAGCGUGAAUGCCA